AUGCUGAGUUUCAUUUUCAAGUGGGUGUUGAAUCGUCUUAUUCGGGACAAUCAAUGGAACAAGUUUGGGGUUGAAGACCCCUACUACGAGGAUGUUCUCGUUGACGUCAAGAAAAACGGCGAGAAAAAGUACAAGCGUAUUAAAAGAAAGGACCCCGAGGGGAUUUCAAACCAUGAUAGUCAGAUUCUUCAGGAGUUUAGAAAGAGGGCUUAUCGAUACGACUAUUGGUUCAAAAUCUUUGGGGUGCAGUUUGGAUGGGCCAAUAUCGUCAGCGUUGUUCCCGUGGUUGGAACCGUAAUCCAAACAUAUUGGUCGUUGAGCUUGCUUUGGCUUGCAAGGAAAAUCGAAGAUGGGUUCCCGUUGGAUUUGCAGCUCUUGUUUUUAUUGAACAUUGCCAUUGACUUUGGGUUGGGGUUGAUACCCGUUGUUGGUAGUAUCGUGGAAAUUGGAUACAAGGCGAACUCGAGAAACUUUUUGUUGUUGGAAAAACACCUUGUACGUGUUGGAGAAAAGAACAUGGGCAUAAUCGCAAAGGAGGAAGUGAGGCCCGGCUUUAUCAACGAUAAGGUGCUGCCCUAUGUCGACGAAACAUACCAUGAAAGAAUCGUGCCAUUUGUUGAUGACACGUUGAAGCCGGGAGCAAUCAAAGCUGGUGAGCAGAUGUGGGAAGCCGGCGGCCAAGUGUUGGACUUGUUACAACGCAAAUCGAAAACUCGCACUUCGUCUUCGGGACUGUCGACUAAGGGAGGCGCCUCAGGUGGCUCGACCACUCAAACUAGCAACACUACAGUGACCGCGUCUGCAGUCCCCAGAACAGACUCACCGGUGGCUGACAAGUCCAAUCGUGAUUAUCUCAAUGACGACUCAAGAUCCAUCAGAAGUAUAAAGACACUUACUGAAAACAACGGGAAGUCAGGAAAGAGCCAGGACAAGGACAAGGACGUUUCGCUGAAAUCCUCGUUGCUGCACCACGACAUCAACUAG